GUUGCCCUGGAGGCCCUUGGCCAGGCCUGAGCCUCUGCCGCCAUGGCUAUUGUGCAGACUCUGCCAGUGCCACUGGAGCCCACGCCUGAGGCCACCACUGCCCCACAAACUCCAGCCAUGGGCAGCGUGAGCAGCCUCAUCUCAGGCCGGCCCUGCCCGGGGGGGCCGGCUCCUCCCCGCCACCAUGGCCCCCCUGGGCCCACCUUCUUCCGCCAGCAAGAUGGUCUGCUGCGGGGUGGCUAUGGGGCACAGGAGCCACUAUGCCCAGAUGUACCCCCCAGGAAGGCUGUCCCUGUCACCAGCUUUACCUACAUCAAUGAGGACUUCCGGACAGAGUCACCCCCCAGCCCCAGCAGUGAUGUUGAGGAUGCCCGAGAGCAGCGGGCACACAACGCCCACCUCCGUGGCCCCCCACCAAAGCUCAUCCCUGUCUCUGGAAAGCUGGAGAAGAACAUGGAGAAAAUCCUGAUCCGCCCAACAGCCUUCAAGCCAGUGCUGCCGAAACCUCGAGGGGCACCGUCCCUACCUAGCUUCCUGGGUCCUCGGGCCUCCGGGCUGUCUGGGAGCCAGGGGAGCCUGACACAGCUGUUUGGGGGCCCUGCCUCUUCCUCCUCCUCUUCCUCCUCUUCCUCGGCUGCCGACAAGCCCCUGGCACUGAGUGGCUGGGCCAGCGGCUGCCCUUCUGGGACACUGUCCGACUCUGGCCGAAACUCACUGUCCAGCCUGCCUACCUACAGCACCGGGGGUGCCGAGCCGGCCACCAACUCUCCCGGAGGACACCUGCCCUCCCAUGGCCCUGGGCGGGGAGCAUUGCCUGGGCCAGCCCGAAGGGCCCCUACUGGGCCCUCCCACUCGGACAGUGGCCGGUCCUCCUCCAGCAAGAGCACCGGCUCCCUGGGGGCCCGCAUGGCGGGGGGCCUCUUGGGCAGUGGUCCCCGGCCCUCCCCUGACAGCAGUUCCUGUGGGGAGCGCUCCCCACCACCCCCGCCCCCUCCGCCGCCUUCAGAUGAGGCCCUGCUGCACUGUGUCCUGGAAGGAAAGCUCCGCGAUCGGGAGGCGGAGCUGCAGCAGCUGCGGGACAGCCUGGAUGAGAGCGAGGUGACCGUGUGUCAGGUGUAUGAGGAUCAGCAGCGGCACUGGCAGCGGGAGCGUGAGGCCCUGCGAGAGGACUGUGCGGCCCAGGCACAGCAGGUAGCACAACGGGCCCAGCGGGCCCAGCAGCUGCUGCAGCUGCAGGUGUUCCAGCUGCAGCAGGAGAAGCGGCAGUUGCAGGAUGACUUUGCUCAGCUGCUUCAGGAGCGGGAGCAGCUGGAGCGGCGCUGCGCCACCUUCGAGCGGGAACAGCGGGAGCUCGGACCACGGCUGGAGGAGACCAAGUGGGAGGUGUGUCAGAAGUCAGGCGAGAUAUCCCUGCUGAAGCAGCAACUGAAGGAAUCUCAGGCAGAGCUGGUGCAGAAGGGCAGUGAGCUGGUGGCCCUGCGGGUGGCGCUGCGGGAGACCCGGGCUUCGCUGCGGGUCAGUGAGGGCCGGGCACGGGGCCUCCAGGAGGCAGCCCGGGCGCGGGAGCUGGAGCUGGAAGCCUGUUCCCAGGAGCUACAGCGACAUCGCCAAGAGGCAGAGCGGCUACGGGAGAAAGCUGGGCAGUUGGAUGCUGAGGUGGCUGGACUCCGGGAGCCCCCUGUGCCACCUGCUACCGCUGACCCCUUCCUCUUGGCAGAGAGUGAUGAGGCCAAGGUGCAGCGGGCAGCAGCUGGGGUGGGGGGCAGCCUUCGGGCCCAGGUAGAGCGGCUGCGGGCAGAGCUGCAGCAGGAGCGGCGACGGGGCGAGGAGCAGCGGGACAGCUUCGAUGGGGAGCGGCAGGCCUGGCAGGCAGAGAAGGAGCAGGUGAUCCGCUACCAGAAGCAGCUGCAGCACAACUACAUCCAGAUGUACCGGCGUAACCGGCAGCUGGAACAGGAGCUGCAGCAGCUCAGCCUGGAGCUGGAGGCCCGGGAGCUCGCCGACCUGGGCCUGGCCGAGCCGGCCCCCUGCAUCUGUCUGGAGGAGAUCACUGCAACCGAAAUCUAGGGCCCUUGGCAUCCAACUCUGCAGGGAGCUCUGCUGAAGGGUGGCAGCAGCCUCAUAUCCUCUCAGGCCCCAAGGUCCACUGACAGCCCCAGAGCCACUCGCCCCCUGGGAUCCAGGUGUUUGGGCUGCUGCCAAGAACUCGGGGUGGUUCCAUGGCUUGGAGGAGCAAGAUCAGACCCCUUGAAGGUCCCUGUGUUUACUGUCACCUGGAAGCUCCUACUCACUUUACCUGUUUUCACUCCCUAACUGCUACCAGUGUCAGUCUGCCAACCCCAGUCACCCCCAGAUGCUCACCAGCCCACCCCAGCCAGGGGAGCUGGAAAGAGGAAGGGAUUCUCUCAUCUCCACAUUCUUCCCCACCCCAAGCCAGAGAGAGCCAGACAGCGCCAACUGCUCCAGAUGUGCCUGCCCCCACCCUGCCCAUGUUGGGGGACAGGGCUGGGACUGGGGUCCGAUCCCUGGGUUCCAGCUCUGCAGCCUCUCAUGGGGUGAGGGGGCUGUAGUCAGACCAAAGGAAGAACUCAGAAACGUCUUGUUUAUUUGUGUUUGUAACCAAGUGGCCCCUUUCAACACCCUGGUUUAUGGCCUCAUUUUCACUUGUACAUUUUUCACACUGUAAAUUUCUUGUACAAACCCAAAGAAAAAAAUUAAAAAAAAAAAUUUGUUU